CUUCAAAAUGGAGAUUAGGGACUUUGGUAUUGGCCACUUAAGGAAAAAGGGUAAGCAGUACUAUGUCGACCUGUGAUUAAGGAAGCCAAUCAAACUGAAUUAGAUUAAUAGAAGUUGACAGAGACCUAACUGCUUUCUUGACUGGUGUACCCAAUCGGUUGUAAGAUUGCGUUUCGCUUGGAGGACGGUAUCAUUUUGGUGCCAUAUUUACGAGACUAGCCGGCAACGAAGUAUGUCGAAUGAUGUGUACUGUGAUCCUGUGCUUCCUUGUACGGCAACUCUGGAAAUGUGUCAUCUCUGUAUGGAUUUCAAGAGAAGUCUCUGCGAGUGUCACCCCCACUGAUAACCUGCAGCAGCUGGAGGAAAAAGGCAGCUCAGAUACCAGCUCGGAGCCUGUAAAAACCUGAGCCAAACACAGAUCCUCAACAAAGGAGCAGCAACAAGGCUUUUCCGCACAAUACUCCAGUGCUCCCUCCCAGCUGGCAGAGCCUGACAGGGUGUGCUGACACUGACUGGAGCUGAGUGCUCUCUUUUCCUGCCGUGCAGGGCCUGGCUGCGUGGAGGAAGCGGGGGCUAAUUAAUGAGCUGUGAGUAUGAGGCCUCACUGCUGACAGCCAGUGGAGACAGGAUUAAUAGUCCGGUCAUCUGGCUUGAUGUGUGUGCCUCCAGGCUGCCCCUUGACGAGAGUCCACUGCGGAAUCCACCACGGCGGCCGCCGGGAGACCAGCAGAGAUGCCCACCGAGACCCUGCAGGCAGAUAGCAAGCCCGCCGGCCAGGGUGGGGCCUUUGCCUCCGCCGUCCCGCUCCGCAUCCUCAACAAGGGGCCCGACUACUUUCGCCGCCAGACUGAGCCCAACCCCAAGCGGCUGAGUGCCGUGGAACGGCUAGAGGCUGACAAGGCCAAGUACGUGAAGAGCCAGGAGGUCAUUAAUGCUAAGCAGGAACCCAUCAAGCCACAGGUACUGGCCAAGCCACCUGUCUGCCCAGCUCCCGUCAAACGGAGUGGUGGUGUGGGAUCUGGCCUGAAGGCCUCCAACAACAACGCUAAGUCAGACACCUGCGCUACCACCAAACGGGAGAAUCUCAACCUAGAGAUCUUGAAGAACAUCCUGAACAGCUCCUCCUCAUCCGAGGGGCCUGCCAAGGGGACAUCGCACAAAGUCGGGGCACGGAGCUGGGCGCCGCACCAUUCCUCGGAGUUGUCCGAACCUGGAUUUCGUUCCUUUACGGAGUCACUCAAAGUACCAUCCUCUACACAAGGUCGACACAGUCCUCAGGGAGGCAACUUAAACCUGAGUCGCAGGCUGCUAGAGGAGAGGUACUGUGAGGUCGAUGGAGAGCGCUUGCCAUUGCAUGCCUCUCAUAGUUCCUCAGACAUUCGCUGGAUGUGCAACGGCAAGCCGCUCAGAGCGGCCCACAGCAGCAGCUCUUCUGCACCACCACUGCCGCCCAAGCCCAGCGCCAAGGCCUUAGCUGCUUGUGACAAUGCUCCCCACUCUUCUGAAACAGAGACAUUGCCCAGCACUGCCACAGAACUGGAGCUAGAGAUGGGCAGUUCUGUGGCCCGCAGGCCCUCUCUGCACCGCUCCAAGUCUGACCUGAGUGACCGCUAUGCUCGGGCCGGUGCAGACGUAGAGCGCUUCUUCAACUAUUGUGGGCUGGAUCCCGAGGAGUUGGAGAGUGUGGGCAUGGAGAGCUUUGCCCGUGCAAAUUCAGACAUCGUCUCGCUCAACUUCCGUAGUGCCAGCAUGAUCAGCUCAGAUUGUGAGCAGUCGAGGCAUAGCAAUGAUGGCCUGAGUGACGAAGAAGAUGACACCGGUGAGCGCGUUCCCUAUGGAAUUUCAGCUGUGGAGCGGAACGCCCGGGUCAUUAAGUGGCUCUACAGCAUCAAGCAGGCACGGGAAUCUCAGAAAGUUUCCCAUGUUUAAAAGAGGGAGCAAGACCUCCCCUUCCCCAUCUGGACUUGGUACCUGCUUAUUUUUGAAAUCCAUGCACUGUCUUUGAAAUCUUGAAGGAUUAAAUAGCAAAGCCUUUGGAGUUGACAGCUCUUUUUAGUCGCUUUUUGCAUUCAGUGUUCAUUGUCUUUUGAAUCUGCAUGACUCCUUAGACGCUCAACCUCCUUGCGGCCUCCAGGUAAUGCAGCUCAUGUAGGAGCCUCUUUAAAGAUGGUUGCAUUAACGCCAGCUCUUUGCAGAGAACAACUCAUGCUUCCUUUUUCUUAUUCUGUUCUUUCUGUCUCUGUCGUCAAGCUGAUGUUACGAUGCCAGCUCCUUUAAGGUGCUUCUUAUUUCACUUGGGCACACUAAGCCAGGAAGCCAUAUUAGUAUGAAUGCAGAGCUGCAGUGUGUUAAGACUUCUUUUGAUUCAACUCUCUCUUUCUCCCUCUCUCUCUCUCUCUCUCUCUCUCUCUCUCUCUUUUUUUUUUUUUUACAUGUUUUUAUGAUGGAUACGAGCUGUAUGUAUAUAACCCUCUGUGAAUAGGUGCAGCAGAAGCAUGUUUUAGUCCAUUAUCGAGAUCUCCCCUGCCCAACUUCUCUUGGUCAGCCUUGCACUGGUCAUAUUGUUUCAGCAGUAUCAUAAUGCCAUUCUGCUUCAUGUGGUUUGUUUUCACUUUGUCUGUCAUCCAUAAAGUUCUUGUUUGGCGGUUGAUUAUUUUUGUGGUACUUUUGUAUCGAAGGUGUAAAUGCUGUAAGAAUAUGUACAGUAUAUAAUUUUCAGAGUUGUUGGAAAGGCAUUGUGUGAUGACGAGUCUGCUGUGCUCCUCCAUAGCUCUUGGUCUGUUUGUUCCCCUCUCUGGGCUUGUAUCGCGAGGCUGUGUGAGACUUUUUCUGUGAUCAAAUCUGUACGACUGUUGUUACAAUGAAAUAUAUGUUCGGUAUAUUGAAGUUUGAGCUGUUACUUAAAAAAUGUCUUCAAGACGUUUGUUCACAUUCAGUUCUUAUUCAUUUCAAUAAAUGGCUAUUUUUGCCAACUUUUGCCAUCAA